CGCGUCGACGUCACACGUAUUGCUCAGCAGAGGAGACGCUGCCUGAAACUUAUGGCUGCAGAUGUGUAGCCCGGGAUUAACUGCCAAAACACGGACUGAUGGAAAACACAAAACGUCAUGAAAGAGGUUGACACUGUGGGGGGAGAGAAAGAUGGACACUGUGAAGAAAAUGAAGAGGAGGCUCCGAUGAGGCGUAGUUUCUCGGUAGAAGACCUCCUCGAUGAGGUGGAGAAGAUCUGUUACGACGCCUCAGGGACAUCAAAGGUGGAGAUGGUGGUGAGGCUAUGGAAGGACGGCUUCACUGUGAACGAUGAGGAGUUUCGCAGCUACUCGAUACCAGAGAAUCAAGACUUCCUGGAUGCCAUCAAAAGGGGGGAGCUUCCAGCAGAGUGGGAGAGCAGAGCAGAAGAGGAGGAGCUGGAGAUCAGUGUGGAGGAUCUAACGGAGGAAAAUUACGUUCCCAAGAAAAAGGCCUUUCACCCCUUCAGCGGCCGAGGAUACCGACUCGGCAGCGUUGCACCCAGAGUCGUGGCCAGGUCACCAUCUGUGCACGAGGAUGGAGAAUCUCUCCCUAUUCCCAUGGUAACACUAGACCACGCCCUUCCUGUUACCUCCCUGCAGAUCUGGUUGGCUGACGGCAGGAGAUUGGUGCAGAGGUUUAACCUAUCGCAUCGGAUCACAGACGUUCAAGAUUUCGUGGCACGCUCCCAGAGGAGCUGCCCACCUUUCGUCCUGACGACAUCGCUUCCUUUCCGGGAGCUCAACGACAAAGAAUUAAGUCUAGAAGAGGCAGAUUUGGCCAACGCUGUCAUUGUCCAGAGACCCCUGAACACACAGGCUCCGUUCGGACACUCCUGACUAAAAGGGCCCUCAACUCACAACCAUUUAUCCCUUUCACUGAUACCUCACCAUGACCCCGAUUGCAGUCUGAAGGCCUCCAAUAGCUUAUAAUGUUACUUUAUCAGGCUGUUUGUGCUGCAUUUGCUGAUUAUUCUCCCCCACAGUAUAUUAAUCUCUGUGUGGGAUUACCUGCAGUCUUAAUGGAGAUGUUGUCAGUUAUUUAUCGCCACCGUCACAGGCGCUCCGGAGAUGCUGUUGUCAGUGCUUACUUUGUCUUCUUCCUCUGGAGGACAGUGUUUACCUGCCAACAGAUCUCCCCAAACCCCCAAACUCCAGAAAAAACUGUCAGGGCAAACCAGCUCUGUCGCCCGUGCAGAUGGUCAGCCAUGUGUGUCCAUCUGUUGGUCUACCACAUGUAACCCUCCCUCCUUUCCCUCACACACACACACACACACACACAUACACACACACCACCAGCACCGCCAACCAACUGUCCAAAGUCUUCCCAAACUGUGAUCACCAGGUUUUCUGCACUAUUUACAGAAAAAUAAGUGUUUGUAUCGCUAAGUUUGUAUUGAAUGAACAUACUGUUUUAUUUGCACAUUGUUAUGGUUUAAAAAGGUGACAGCUUGUUAUUUAUGUUGGCCUGACUGUUUAGGUCGUUCAGUUUUUACAAUUUUCUGCGUUUUCUGUGCAUUUGCCUUUGUUUU